UCGGAAAUUUUUUUUUUCCAUAUACAGGGCUAGAGAGAGGAAGAAAUGGCAACGGGCGAGGGUGCCGGAAGUCAGCAGGACGACGAGAACCAGGGUGUAGACGAAGAUGUAGAGCGGGAAGAGGACGCCUUAGGGGACCGGGAGUCAACAAAGUCGCCAGGGGCUAGAGAAGGGAGUAAGGAAAUCGUCCCCGGUGGAAGCUCGGGGAAGGGCGGAGGAAGCAAGCGAGGCAGGAAACUAAGGAGGUUAGAGACAAAGGCAGCCCAACGCGCCAGCACCUGGAAGGCGCGAAACAUAAGAAGGGGGUGCGAGGGACUCUGGAAUCGGGAGAGAGUGCUGGGGUGGUUUGAUCCGGAAGGGACUGCGAGGACGAGAGGAAGACCAGACACAAGCAAGGAAGAUUUGGGGGCCGGAUCGGCGGCAGGGUCAGGAAUGGUCGAAGGAGGGCUUAGGAAAGUCGUGUCAUCUCUCACCUGCGCGUUAAGCAAAAAUCAGGGAUACUUGGCCGACGCUAAGAAGAAACUGACCUUUGACGGAGAAAACAUCACUAAGUUCCUGAUAGAUUAUGAGAACUUGGCGGCACUCCUGAGGUGGAGCAAGGAAGAGAAGAUGGAGCACUUAGGGCAGCACGUGUCGUUGAACCUAGGGAGGGACAUAAUGGCAAUUGUCGCCACGAGUGGGUCGUGGAAGGAGGCUCGAGACGUGAUGAUGAGAAAGUACUUGGCAGUCGAGAAGAUGGCCACGAAAGCAGAAUUGGCCAUUGUGCAAAGAAAGGACUUCGCAACGUACAAUGACUUCCUGAGAGAGCUUACUAUCGUAGCGCUGUGCAUCCCCGGGGUGACCGAUCGAAUAAUGAGCAAGUAUUUCCUAAGACAGUUCACAAAGUUCGAUAAGGACAAAAUCCUGUCAGCCUACCAGCAAACAACAAAAUUCCUGAACACGAGGGAUGUUGACUUCAGCACGAUAACCGACAUUGCGGAGAAAAUGGUCGUAACCGACUCACUGGCCCUGUUAAAGGAAGGGGAAGUCAUAGACCUAACGGGCAAGACGGGUGAUAAGAUAAAGAGAGGGAUCGAAAGUCUGCAUGAGUGCGUUCAUGGGGUAGACGGGAAAAUCGAGAGAGUAGAGAACGCCCUGAUGGUAAUGCAAGCCCAGGUCUCGCAGAGCCAGGCAGUGCGGCCUCCCCUCCCGCCUCAAGAAACGAUCGCGCCCGCAGGUAUAGCCAACCGUGGGAACAACCGAAGGGACCCGGCCAACGAGCAGUGCAAAUAUUGCACGCUGAUCGGACACUUCGUAAGGAUGUGCCCGAGACUUAACCAUGAUAUCAUGCUUAAACGGUGCUCCAGAACCCUACACGGAGAAAUUUUAGGACCUCGGGGGGAGAGAAUAAAUUGGAAUUCGCCAGGAGGAAUCCGUACGACCGUGAUCGCAUUCAACAACCUAGACGCCGUUGUAGUAGAAGUUGAGCCUGUGGCAGAACUCACUUGGGGGCAGGCGCAGGGACGAGGGCCCCAGGCCAAUUUCAUCAUGGAAAGCGAUGAACGGGAUAGGGUUAACGUGACCACUAGGCAAUGGACCGCCGCAAAAAAGGUCGUGCAAGAUGCGAUCAUGGAGGAUGCGCAGGAAGGACCGAGUAUGUCACCAGGAGUAACAGAGUCGGAUCAGGACAGAGCUUAUGGGAAACCUAGGGAUGACCCCGUCGAUAAGGCAACAACGACAAAAAAGAAGUUCCGGUACCAGAUACCCAUCCUCGCCACGCCGGAGAUCGAUGACACCCUUAGUAAAUUGUUAGGGACCAUGGUGUCGGUAUCAUUCCAGACGAUGUUGCAGGCUAGCCCUAGACUUCUCAAGGGACUCAGGCACCUAUUAACAAGGCAAAGGGUCGAAGUAGAGGAGGAACCAGGGCACCGGGAAGAAGACAAGCAAGAAGAAACACCGCAAGAAGUCGCAAACUUCCAGAGGGUCCCCGACAACCUAGAGGACUUGGAAAAAGUUUUUGCGGACAUUCAGCUGAGCCUGCCAGAUCGGGAGGGAGGCUAAGUCAUGAGGGCCCCUCCCGGUACGAAGUUAAGCUUUUACGCAU